CUACACUGUCGCGUUUGACGCCACACAACACCAAAAAAUAUUGGAGCAUGAGUAAAUUUCCCCCUUCGUUUACAAAAGUUGAGAAUUUGCUUGAUCUUAGACUGGCGAUGUGAACUACUUAGGCAAAAAACUACACGAAAGCAGAUAUCUGUACAUAUCGAGUUGUUAUGUUCGAGUGGCCAGCUUCCAGUAAAUAAAGGAAGCACGACCAGCUUCAUUCUCAUUCUUCUUCCCCGGCUAAGUGGGAGGCCACAACCAGCCCAACCCAGCAUCGAAUAUGAAUUCCGACGACGAGGUGAAGGAUAUGCGGCGGCCGUACGGGCCGCUAAUUUACCGUUCCUGGGGCGACAAGAGCCGCGUGUACAAUACGCACGGAUGGCGGGUGUUUUGCGAUUCCAAGGACAAAGAAAACGAGCGCCAGCGCAAGGCCAGGCUGUCGUACGAAACCAAAAUCGCACUGGGGGACGAUACUCAGUCGGAGGGCAUGGUAACGGUGAAGUGCAUACCGAAGUAAAAAAUCCACCAUCCGCCUCGUCCUCCUCCCUGAAACUUUUGUUGCUGGAUUUUUUGUGCACACAAAUCAGUUGUGCAGUUGUGAAUGAUUGGAGGUAGUAGAUGGCAAGCCUACGUAAGGAGGGUGUUUUGGUGUAGGUGCUUAGAGCAUGGCAGAGGUCCGCGUCGUAGGCGCAGCCACUGCCACAGCUUUACAAAUCGCCUACAUAAAAAUGCGGCGGACUUUCUGGCCUUACCUUCUUGCAAGACAGACACACCGCCAAUCAGCAUCACAAAAGUGCAGCAGCGUUCAUAGACGGUAGAUUAUACUCAUUGAGUACGUGUACGGUUAUGGGGUCGAGGGGGGACUUUUCCUCGCGAUAGUGCUUCGACGAGAGCGACGAGGGGUCGGAUGCCGGUCUGGAGUAUCUAUGCAUUGCAAAUACCUUUGGGGCUUGGUCAGAUACUAGGAAGAAGAUUGUAUUGCAGGUUUGUGAAUAAUUAAUGCAGGUUGCUCUGUACUGCUAAUGCACAGCUAAGCAUGACAAAUAUUUCUGCGUCCGUAGCUGCUUGCGGCGACGGUGCAAAGGUUUUUGAUGUGGUGCAGUCGGGUAUGCAUGGAAAAUAUUUCUGCGCGGCUACCAGGUUGCGUACAUCAGAAUAAACUGCGUUUUUGCGUGACAAGCGAAGAAGUCUGGGCACGCAUCACAAACUCUACAGCAAUAUCAGACACGCAUGGGAAGGAUGCAUGAAAAAUCUUGCAAUCUCCCACAGGACCCAGACAUGUUUGCAUUUGAUAGUAUCUGGACCGCGACGACAACGAUCUCAGCGAGCUCGAGAGUAACCGGCCUGGUCGUCCUGGUGCAACAUCUUCUACUGCGGGGAGGUUCAUCGACGGUAAAAAUGAUACAGGAGAAGGAGAAAAAGAUGAUCAAUCUGCAUCCGGAUUGAGUGAGGAGGAGGACAACAGGAGCGUUUUAUUGACGAGCGAUUCGGAAGUGGAUGCGUUUCACGCAAAGAACAGUAGCAAAAACUCUGCUGACCCACAACCAACCACACAUGCGGCGACUGCUGCUCCGUCGCAGGCGAACAAUGAUAGAGGAGAGGAAAAGCAACCGGCGGCUAAGAAGCAGCGUAAAGAUCAAAGUAAAGGAGUAGAUGUUGAUGCUGCCGGGUCUAAAAAUGCUCCUGGUGAGAAAAAAACAACGCAAUCUGCCGGCGCCGCGGCUAAGGUGGACAGAAAGGAAGGUAAGGCGGCGGCUGGUUCUCAGGCGAAGGCGAAAGCUAAGGCAAAAUCGAAGGUGCCAGCUUUAAAGAGGCCGAAGGGUAUGGACAAAAAACGGUUUGCCGCCUUUGGCAGACUUAUCAUUCAGACAAGGGCUAGCAUAUAUAUUUGUCUUGUAGUGUCCAGUUCCGCAUGAAAGCAGAACUAGACACACAAGACGAAACGAAGAGCAGCCACAGGCUUUUUUUUGACACACUCGAGAGAACUCUGUGCAUUAGACAUAGCCUCAGUUGUAGUGCAGAGAGGAAAAAGAAGAAGCACCACUUUAUACACCAUUUUAUGAUUUUUUUUCUGGUGUCUCACAUGCAUUUACACAGCGUCAGUGCCGGCCUGCCCUUCCGAUUUCCAUUUCGUAUGCUCGCUUGUUUCUGUGUGAUAAAAGUGCACGCGGAACUCAGCAAUGCGGUCGGGUACAGUGGCGACUUCGAUUUGUUGAGUCCCCCUGCAGCACCGCCACAGCAGCUCCCUGCGGAAGGAGAGAAGAAGCACAGCAAACACACUCAAAAUGCUAUUUUUAAGCAGGAUACUGGAACCAGCAGAACAUCCACAGCAAACAAUGACCGUGGCCGACGGGGAGCUGGGCCAGAAACAAAAAAUCCUGGCAGCAGCUCCACCCGGCCAGGCUUCGGCGCGCGUGCCGUAGUCACUCCAGGAGCGAAGGCGAAGGCAGCUCAACCGGUCCCCGAGACUCCCCGAUCGCUUCUGUUUUCCUCUUCCCUCGAGAACGACGACGACGACGGCCCUGGGAGCUUCCGUGGGUCGGCCGGAAAGCAGACCGAGAACUCGUUUUCCCGAAAAUUUGCAGAGUCACGUCCUCAGACGGAAUCUGCUUACGCACCCUUGUUUUCGCCUGCGAACAGAACUACGAAGGUUCACGUUCAUGACAAGAAAGCGGGAGCGGCACCGUCGUCAUCUUCUUCCGCAUCAUCGUUCCCGACCAAGCAGCCGCUCCCCACAGGCCCGGGAGUAUCGUUGUCGGGUCACCGGUCAACGCAAAACCAGCCGGGUGUUGAGGCCGCGCGGAGUUCGUCCCGCACUUUCGUGGAGGGCGGGGGCACGAAAGCGUCGAAGAUGACGGAGCAAAAAUCUACAGGCGCUGCGGGUUCCGGCAAGCCUACGACCGCAGCAGCCUCGUCCCGCACGACAACUCAUAGUACCACGACCGCGUCUACUCUCGGCUCUGGUGGUCGCGACGCCAGUGCUGGAGAAAGCAAGAAGACGUAUUAUCCGAAGGCGACCACCGGGCACCAGCAACCGCAGGCGAAGCUGAGCAAUAUCGGGCGACAACGUGCGGAAAUGGAGAAAAGGAUGGCGAUGGCGGUAGUGUAUGACGAGACCAACAUUUCGUCGCUCGACGGGCACAGGCGCGACGAGGCGUUCUUGGACGUCCUGGAAGUGGUGCGGACUGCCUUCGUGCGGGGAAACGCCUCGCCGGGUCAGCUGCAGCAGAUAGACUUGGCGUACAACGAUGUGUACGCGCACUUGAAGGUCCAGAACAAAAAGCUGGUCAACCUGGGCGCCCUCGAGAAGUUGGAGCACGUUACCCCCGCUGUGAUGCGCCUCGUAAUUCAGCACGGCGGCUACGUGCCGCACGCGCGAGACCAAACGAACAAGAACCUGCCAGCCGCGGGAAACCGGCCUGGAGAGGUGGGCGGACCACGCGGGGGCGUGGGCGGGGCGGCGGAGAAGCAGGGAAUUUCAAGUAAUGCUGCCGUCAGCGGUAGUACCAAAAGCGGAUCCGCGACAUCAAGUCAGCGACGUGAGCCCACUGCAGCUGCUCCACCCAUGACAUCCUCAUCUACAAAGUCCAACAGGAACUACACAACCACAAUGACUGGCACACCACUUCUUCAAUCAUCGAACAACAACACUGGAAAAGCUGGGCCGCCCCCUCGUAGCGGCGGUGUCUCGCCAAAGCUGCGACCCGGAAGUAGUCGUCAGAACACGCCGUUGCUUGCACCUGCAGCUUCUUCGUUCCGCGGCCGGGGGCCGGUGCACAACGUAGCGGAUGUCCUUGCCGGCAUCGACGUCCAAAAAAAUAGACAAGCCGCGGCUGCUGCAACAACGAGUACAACUACGGGAGUGAGAAGUAAAAGUGGAACGGUAUGCAGAUGAAAAUUGCUAGUGCCAUCAACAUUUUGCGACAGAACAAUCAUGAACGCCGAGCGAUCCACAAAUCCGCGACGAGACGACAUUAUUGACAACAUCUGAUAUGCUUUCUGUGAGGUACAACUUGCAGCUACUACUUCGCCUAUUUUAAACAUGCGUACCGGUUUCAACAUGAAUACAAAUUGACGAGGACGGCAAUUUUUUUCGACUGUAAAAACACCACUUCUGCGCACAAAUGUCUUAGACCAGCAGGAAGACAAUGAGCGCGCGACUAUGAACAAACAAGGAACAAACUACAAUCCGUCCGGCGGUGCGUCUCCGUCAGCCGUCCCAGGUGGUGCAGUGGAGAGACCAACCGGAGCAGAGAUGAACUGCGUAAAGAAACCGGAUCCGUUCCUUCGAGUGAACGCUUCCUCUGAAGAACAAGCGUCGAGUUCUUGGGGGAUAAAUAACCGGAAAAUCGGCGCUGAAAUGAGAUCAGGUUCUAGUACUUUGUUCACUACGAUGUCUUCUGUGCGCAAAGCUCCCGUCCAAGGCCCUUUGCAACGCGUCGAAGUGGUGGAGUUAUCCUCCUCGUCAGACGAGGACAAGCGGACGAUGAAGACAAAACGGGCAACUACAGGCGGUACAACCGGCAGAUCUAGUACCAGUUCUUAUUCUGGACGACCAGCACCAGGUUCAUCCUCGCGCCACCCCACGCGUGCCGUUGCAGUGCGGACCGCUGCAGACGAUACGUCUGGCAAUAAGAACCGGAGUUGUAUUAGAGAGAGCAGUGGCAGCGCAAAUGAGAACAAAACGACGCGUACGUGGUGUUACCUGGAUGACAAGGGGAAUUUAGUAUCUAAGCGGUCCGACGCGUCGAGGUCGGAGAGCAACGGUGUGGUGCAGUACAAGGUAGUAAUUUUCCAACGGCGUCCUCCAGAACAACAACAAAGUCCUAGCGACGAGAACAACUACCCGGGUAGUAGUAUUGUAUCACGAGAGCGACUUUUUGCGUACAUUCCUUCCACCAAACACCCUCCAUGGAAAAAGGCUGUGCCUGAGGAACUUCGUCGUCUUGGCUCUUUGAAUAUCGCUGGAAAGCAGCUGUAGCUGUGAGUGCGCAAUUUUUAAACCUCCAAGGGUGCGAAGUACAAGUACUUGCGAGAAGAAGCAGAAUAAGAAAAUUGAUGAUGGAGUUGUUGUAAAUGGCCCAAGAAGUCCGAACCCGAAGACGAGGGAGCGGAGCUGCUUGGGAGCAGUACAAAUUUCUUAAAUUUUGCCUAACAGAUUGAUAUAGAAUACAGUCGAUGUUGUGCAAACCCAAGUUUUUUGAAAACGCCAUUUUUCUUGAAGAUUUUGCCAAUAGGCUGCUGUAUUUUGGCUCUGCGAAAC